AGAAACCAACCCUGACAACCCGCCCAUUGUGAACCUGGGAAUUUUAUCCCUCUCAUAGAGGACGGUAUAUAUACUAAUUAUUGCGCGAUGCGCAUGCCAGGCGCGUGAAUGUCGGCCUUUUCGAUCUCAUGACGGACAAUCACCCCUCUCCCGAUUACUCCCGCCCACAGUUUCCAGCCCAUAAUGAGCCGCGGGUCUGGGUAAUUACAGCUGGUGACUCGCCCACUGGGAUUUCAGUGACGCGGCAAAUCCUUGCGCAUGGCGACUAUGCAUUUAUUGGACUGGCACAUUCGAAUUUGGAUCGGGAUGAGUGCCGUCGCGAUGGAUUCGAGGCGUUCAUGGCGGAGGUUGAGAGCCAUAACGACGAGGGAUGGGGAGAACGAUUGAAAUCGGUUCCCUUGGAUAUACGGAUGAUGGGCGAGUGUCAAGCGGUGGUCGCCGAUGCAAUCGCAACGUUUGGCAAGAUGGAUAUUCUACUAUGCUGUACAAGCCAGGCACUUAUUGGAACCGUCGAAGAGCUUGCAGCCUCCCAGCAGACCUUGAACCUCGUCCGAGACCAAUUUGAAGUCAACUACUUCGGACCCCUCAACAUCGUGAAAGCAUCCUUGCCUCAUAUGAGGAGGCAAAGGUCUGGACAUAUCAUGAUUCUUUCGUCAAUUACAUCGCAUAUCGGCACGCCCGGGCUCGGGAUGUAUUGUGCAGCCGGCUGGGCUCUUGAAGGAUUCUGUGAUAGCCUCGCCUACGAAAUAGCCCCGUUCAACGUAAAACUCACCAUCUUCGAAUGCAGCAUCGAAAUCGGCAUCCUCACAAACCUAGUAACGAGCGUCCCUCCAAUCGUCCCCGCAUACUCCCCAUCCGCCAACCAUGCGCCUCUCUUCCGCGUCCUCCUAAACCAUCUCAUACCCCGUCUGCCAAAUAGCGAAAGCCAGGGCCAACAAAAUCAUAACCGAAACCCAGGCGAGGAUGGCCCAUUCUCCGUUCCCGAAGUCAUCUCGACAUACCCGCCACUCAGUUCCGCGCAUUUGGAAGUCUUGACUGCUGAGACUGUCUAUGCAAUUGCCGCAAUUGGAGGACAUGAGAAUCCACCGUCACGGCAUAUUGUGGGACAAGAAGGCGUUGCGAGUGUGAAGGAAAAGCUGAAGACUGUCAGUGAGGAGUUGGAGGACUUCAUCCAGUCCAGUUUUGCUGUUGAUUUUGCGGCUGAUAGUGCUGCUUGUCGGCCGCCGAAGGAUAAUGAUGCGUCUAUGGGAGGGACAGAACAAUGAUGUACUUGAAUCAACUGGCAUAAUCAAUUAAAUAGCAGGAAAUAGACCACGAGAAAUUCUAUUUUUCGGUUUUAGAACACGGUAUCGUACAGAGCAAGAAAACAAUAGGCAUAUACCCGAGAAUCACCCAUAACAUAACAAUCGUGACGCCCUCUUCGGAGCAUGAGAGGAUUCAUAACAACCAACACUCAACCUGAGACAAUCUACUUUCUUUUCACAUACCAAGCCUGUCUGACUUCCCACAGACUGCCCAUGUCCUGGUUAUUCCUAUAGCAGCGGAAUUCCUUCCACGCAUUGCCAUUUGGAAUGUGCUUUAUCCGGCCGUCGAGCUCAAUCAUCUUGUUGCCAAGGUAUGUUGGUCCGUUGACCUUAGGGAGUACAACGACUUCGACGCCUUUCAGGAUGAGUCCGGAUGAUGACGACUGCACAAUUUCAGUGUCCGUCUCAGUCUUGACAUCGUUUUCUGGAG